GUGCCGUGCGGGGCGGGAGGGGAGGCCCGGGACGUGCGGCCUCCCGGGUCCGACCCCUCCUUUGUAAUUUGAAUAAAACGCCUCCCCGCCCGGGCGCAGCCUUAACCCGCCACCCCGCUUUCCCUGACUGCAGGCGGCGUGCGCGCAGGACCGGCGGCGGUGGCUUUCGGGCGACGGGACUUCGGCGCGGCUUCGGCGGCGGGGUGCGAUCCCCGGGCGCUCCCGGGCGCAAGGAUGAGGGCGCGGCCGCAGGUUUGCGAGGCCCUGCUCUUCGCCCUGGCGCUCCACACCGGGGUGUGCUAUGGCAUCAAGUGGCUGGCACUAUCCAAGACACCUGCGGCCUUGGCACUGAACCAGACGCAGCACUGCAAGCAGUUGGAGGGCCUGGUGUCUGCGCAGGUACAGCUGUGUCGCAGCAACCUGGAGCUCAUGCGCACCAUCGUGCAUGCCGCCCGCGAGGCCAUGAAGGCCUGCCGCAGGGCCUUUGCUGACAUGCGUUGGAACUGUUCCUCCAUCGAACUCGCCCCCAACUACCUGCUUGACCUGGAGAGAGGGACCCGGGAAUCUGCCUUCGUGUAUGCGCUGUCCGCCGCCACCAUCAGCCAUGCCAUCGCCCGGGCCUGCACCUCUGGCGACCUGCCGGGCUGCUCCUGCGGGCCUGUCCCAGGUGAGCCCCCCGGGCCCGGGAACCGCUGGGGAGGAUGUGCGGACAACCUCAGCUACGGGCUCCUCAUGGGGGCCAAGUUUUCCGAUGCUCCUAUGAAGGUGAAAAAAACAGGAUCCCAAGCCAAUAAACUGAUGCGUCUACACAACAGUGAAGUGGGGAGACAGGCUCUGCGCGCCUCUCUGGAAAUGAAAUGUAAAUGCCAUGGAGUGUCUGGCUCCUGCUCCAUCCGUACCUGCUGGAAGGGGCUGCAGGAGCUCCGGGAUGUGGCUGCUGAUCUCAAGACCCGCUACCUGUCAGCCACCAAGGUAGUACACCGACCCAUGGGCACCCGCAAGCAUCUGGUGCCCAAGGACCUGGACAUCCGGCCCAUAAAGGACUCCGAACUCGUCUAUCUGCAGAGCUCACCUGAUUUCUGCAUGAAGAAUGAGAAGGUGGGCUCCCACGGGACCCAAGACAGACAGUGCAACAAGACGUCCAACGGCAGUGACAGCUGCGACCUCAUGUGCUGUGGGCGUGGCUACAACCCCUACACGGAUCGCGUGGUGGAGCGGUGCCACUGCAAGUACCACUGGUGCUGCUACGUCACCUGCCGCAGGUGCGAGCGCAUGGUGGAGCGCUACGUGUGCAAGUGAGGCCCCGCCCACAGCUGCUCCAUUAGCGGCGCGUGCACUCUGGACUGGUGGGGGGGGGCACUGCCCCACCCACAGGGGCACUGAAGCCCUAUGGACUUCCUUGCAAAUUCUGCAUGCCCAGCGUGCUGUGCUUCUACUUGGAAGCCACCAGGAACAGAAGGCCUGGACAGAAGGGCCAGGACAUCAAAGAAAACCGAUAGGAUUAAAAAUAACCUGGCAGCCAGAGGCCCCCCGGAGUGCCCACACCAUGCUGCCUUCCAGGCUGGCCUAAGGAGCCAGGGGCAGAGAGAGAUGGGUGAGACUGUGCGGACUUGACCUUUGAAGUCCAGAGAGAGAGAGAGAGAGAGCAGCUUUCUGGAAUGUUCUGCGGGGCCCUGGGCCCACCACAUGGAACCACUAGCUUGGGUUGUAAAUUUUUCUUUUUUUUUUUUUCCUUCUGGGAUG